GUAACGGGAUCGGAGACCGUGGCGCACGUCUGCUCGAAAAUGGCCACGGAAAAAGAAAUGGAAGCGCCGGAGGAGGCCGUGGAGGAGGCCGUGGAGGGUCCCUUUUAUCUCGAGAACGUUUUAAUCCCAGAGGAGUCCGAGGACAGUUAUCAGUACGAGGAAGUGGCCCUUGAGGACGACUGGAGCCUCACGGAGGGGGAAGAGGACUUGGAAGCCGCCCUCAAGGCCAUCGGCAGUCGCACCGAAGACAUCGUGUCGGUGGAGCAGGCCACCUUUUCGGGGAAGCCGCCCGUGUCCCACAUCCCCGAGGCGCUGGACGACUUCCUGCGCAAUUUUCUCGUUAAGAUGGGCAUGCGCAAAACCCUGGACUGUUUCCAGACCGAGUGGUACGAAAUGGCACAGAGGGGCUCGCUGAACACCGAGCUUGUGGGUUUUGUGCCUCAUGCGUACAUGCAUAGCCAGCUCCUGGAGCAAGAAGUAAAGAGCGUCGAAAGGGAGCGCGACGAUUACAGGAAGGCAUCUUUCGAAGCUGCGGAGACCCUGGUGAAGCUGCAGAAGGAGAGGGACUUUCACCGCAUGCAGCACAAACGCGUGGUCCAGGAGAAGAACGCGCUCGUGAAGGACAUCAGACGGCUGAAGAAGCACUACGCCUCCUAUGAGUCUGCACUGAGGCAGCUAAAUGACAAGUACAAGGUGGCUCUAAAGCAGAAGAUGUUCACCGGUCUAGAAAGGGACAAGGCGCUUGAGAAGCUCCACAGUCUGGAGGUUUGCGCUCCCAGCGUAAGGGGCAGCAGAGCUCCACAAUCCCUUGGACCCAGAUCAGUCUCGUGUGCCCACCAGAGUGAAGGCAAGCGCAAGUCAAGGGCUACGAAAUGGGAUGGGCUGCAGGCGGCAAGCGCCGGGCCGUCCGGUUCUUCCCGAGACCCAUCAAAGAGUGUCUCCAGGAAGUGGCCCAAGGACUCCGAGUUCCCCGUGGAUGCCCACACCAAUGCUAGCCUCUCCCAGGCAAAGACACUUUCUUCUCAUGCACCCCAUUUGUCAGACUUCUGCUUGACUGGCACAUUACACGGCCACACGCUGCCCAUCAGCUGCCUGGCACUGCACCCUCACAAGAAGGUCAUAGCCACAGCCAGUGACGACCACCAGUGGAAGGUAUGGGAUGUCUCCACAGGAGAGGUGAUCAUGGCGAAACAUGGCCACAGCGACUGGCUCUCUGGCUGCUGUUUCCAUCCCAAUGGUGGCUCCCUUGCAACAGCUAGUGGGGACACCACAGUGAAGGUGUGGGACUUCUUGCUGGGCCGCUGCUUGCUGACACUGCAGGGCCACACCCAUGCCGCGUGGGGCUGCUCCUUCCAUUCGUGCGGGCUCUUCCUGGCCUCCUGCUCCAUGGACAACACGGCAAAGGUGUGGGACCUGCAGAGUGAGCGGUGCCGCGCCACGCUGCGUGGCCACGCGGACUCGGUCAACAGCGUGGCCUUCCUGCCCUUCUCCAACAUGCUGCUGACGUGCUCAGCUGACAAGACGCUGUCGCUCUGGGAUGCCCGGACAAGCCUGUGCACCCACACCUUCUAUGGCCACCUGUACUCCUGUAACUAUGCUGCUUUCAACACAGCUGGGGAUUCCGUGGCCUCCUGUGACUCCCAUGGUGCCAUCAAGCUAUGGGACAUAAGGAAGGCAGCCACAGUGACCACACUGGACGCGGGCCCUCGUGCCGGCAACCAGGUGGCCUUCAGUCCCUCGGGACACGUACUAGCUGUGGCCAGCGAUGACGGCACAGUGAAACUGGUGGAGCUCACCUCCAUGGAGGUGUGUAGCCUGGGAGGGCACAGUGACGCGGUUCAGAGUGUCGUUUUCGACCACAAGGGGGAGAACUUACUCUCAGGAGGCUCUGAUGGCACAGUUGCGAUCUGGUCAGGAAAAAAGUGCACACCCGUGGUAUGUGCUGCAACUUCUGAAAAACUGAAGUAAAUGGCGUUUAGAAAUGUGAAACCUGUCCUCUCUCAAGUCUCCUUUGGGCCAUGCAAAGCAAUAGGACGGUUCAAGGGAGCAGUGCUAUAACUGCAAUUAAUGCAUUGUUGAUUUAAAAAAAAAAAAAAAAGAAAAAAAAAGAAACCACUGUUUCCAGGUUCUUAGUUGUGGCUCCAGUGCACUGGGAAGAGUUCCCUCUUUCCCUCAGAACUGCUCAAUCUCAGUGCGCAAGAAGGGUCUCAAAACACAUUUCUUUUCAGACUCACUUCUGUCCAGAUCCUACUGCACAAAUUUGCAUUAUAUUAUCUGACAGUUACCUUUGUAUUUCCCAUACAUUCUGUACGCUGCUACUCAUGUCAUGCUGUUAUACAUCUUUAAAAUUGAAAGUGCUCCACCAAUUCUGUAUGUGGCUACCUGUGUUAUGCAUACUUGUUUGAACAGUGACAUCUCACAAAGUGACUUUAUCUGCCUGCUUGUCAGCGAAAUGUGCUUUUGUUUUCCCCGAGUUGUACGUCACUUAGAGAAAACUGCAAAAUGAAUAAAUGAAAAUACAGGUACUGAUGUAACCGAUACUAGUUAUGGCAACGCUCACUACAUUCACAUUUAUUCACUACUUUUGGUAUGACACUCAUACAUUUUUAUAAAAUUGUUUCAUUACACACUUUUGUACCAGAGGCAUAUUGCAAAGGCACGUACUGGGUGAGUCAUAAGACAGUGCUCCAGGAUGUGAACAACCAGAGCUUAAUCAGAUGAAACAGAUGCAAGACAACCAGGUGGGACUGAAGUUUUAUUAGAAACAAAAGACCUGAACAUCUCAAAACUUGAGUUCUAUGCCUGGGAGCGUAAAGCAAAC